AUGGGGCCAGCGGCAGGAGAUGGGACGAGGAGGAAGACGGCGUGUGUCCCCUGUGGGUACGGCUACGUCGCGUCGGCGCUAGUCAAGCUGCUCCUGGAGAAGGGAUACGCCGUGAAGACCACCCUCAGAAACCCCGAUGGCAAGGUGAAAAACAAGCACCUGAAAGAUCUGCAGGCGCUCGGCCCCUUGGAGGUGUUCCGCGCCGACCUCGACGAAGAGGGCAGCUUCGACGACGCCGUCGCCGGCUGCGACUACGUCUUCUUCGACGCCCCUCCGGUGAACCUCCACGCAGAGAACCCUGAGAAAGAUGUGAUCGAGCCGGCCGUCCACGGGAUCCUGAACGUGAUGAGGUCGUGCGUCAGAGCGGGAACAGUGAAGCGCGUGGUGCUGACAUCGUCGGCGGCCGCGGUCUCCACCUUGCCGCAGGAAGGCGACGGUCAUGUCCUGGAUGAGGAAUCCUGGGCCGACGUCGAGUUCCUCACGUCGGGAAAGACCCAUGCUUGGGGGUUCCCUGUCUCCAAGGUGCGACUGGAGAAGGCGGCGAGCGCGUUCGCGCUGGAGAACGGCAUCAGCCUCGUCACUGUGUGCCCGGGCCUCAUGGUGGGCGCGGCGCCGGCGGCCAAGGUCCAUCCCAGCGUCCUUGACGUCCUCUCGCUGCUCUCGGGCGAUGAAGCGAGGGUCCGCACCCUUAAAUUCAUCGUGAGGAUGUCUGGCUCCAUUCCGUUGGUCCAUGUCGACGACAUCUGCCGCGCUGAGAUAUUCGUGGCCGAGGAGGAGGCGGCGUCGGGGCGGUACAUCUGCUGCAGCCUUAACACCACCGUAGUGGAGCUAGCCCGCUUCUUGGCGGCCAAGUACCCGCACUACAACGUCAACACCGACCGGUUCUGCGGUCUUCUGGAGAAGCCGAGAGUCUGCAUUUCUUCGGCGAAGCUCCUCGGGGAAGGGUUCGAGUACAAGUUCAAGAACCUGGAUGAAAUAUACGACGACAUCAUCAAGUACGGCAAGGACCUGGGAAUCCUUCCAUACUAA